AUGCUCACGAAGCUGCGUCUCAUGGUCAAACGACAGAAUCGACUUGGACGAUUGCAUCGCCAACCGAUUACUGCUAGGAGCAUUCCUGGCAACGCCACCGCGAAAAAAUUGUUCUACCUCAAAGAACAGCCCCCGGCAGCCGCCAGAGUGUUUAUCAAACCAGGUUACCAGCUCGACCAAGACUUUACGCCACCAUAUCUCAUCCCCUAA